AUGGCCUUGGAGGCGAACGGCCACAGAGGUUUAUCAAGGAGCGCUCAUGAAAAAUAUCCCCGGGCGGCGUUGGAGCGCAACGGCUACGUGAGGACAUGUGUCAGCCCGCUGCAGCAGGACGCAGGGAGCCAGUCGUGGCUGAGACUCGCCGUGACAUGGACUUGCAGAAGAUUGUCGUCUGCGGUGUGCGUCGCCUCCGUCUCCGUUAUUCUCGCUCUGCUGCUCACAUUGGUCGACUGGGAUGCAGGCAGCAGCAGCAGGAGCAGCGGAAAUAGCAGCGGCUCCGGCUCAGGUCUUCACUCCGCGGCGGGCUGCGCAGUGGAGGUGCUGUUGACUGUGUAUUACAGCGUCUCCCCGGUUUUCUCCCUCGUAUGUGCCUUCUUCUGGGUCGGGCUGUAUCUGAUCCGCUGCGGCGUGCUCGUCCGCUCCGCGCUCUUCUUGUUAGCGGUGUGCCACUUGGGCGAAGCCGCGGCACAGUCUCUCCUGCGCGGCGCCGAGGAGCAGCUGCUGUCCCUUCCCGCGACCCUGGUAGUCCUCGGCAGCCUGGGCAGCGGGGCUCUGCUGGUCGUCCGGCUGGGUCAGGGAGUGUCGAUCGUCGUCUUCGUCAGCCUCAUCCGGGCCGUGUCCCUCGUCUCUCUGAGCAGGGUCCGGGCCAGCUGGAGACCCUACCUGGCCUACCUGCUGGGGCUGCUGGGGGUUUUGCUUGCGCGGUAUGCUGACCGGCUCCUGCCGGCCUCAGGGACCGGCGGGACGGGGUGCUGUGGCUCUGUGACCGGGGCGAAGGAGGAGGACAUCCCUGUCUUCAAAAGGAGACGGAGGUCCAGCUCCAUAGCGGCCUCGGAAAUGAUGGCUCAUUGUCACAACAACAGCAAGUCCCACCGCAGGACUUCGCUGCCAUGCAUUCCGCGGGACCAGUCGUCGGGCACCAGUGUGGUAGUGGACAUUGCAGUGAUGGGUGAGGCCCACGGUCUGAUCUCAGACCUGCUGACCGACCCCUCACUGCCCCCCAACACCUGCAGCUCUCUGAAGGCCGUCAGCAACCUCCUCAGCACCCAGAUCAGCCUCCAGCCACUGCACCGGCCUCGUAUCCCUGCCGACACACACGCCUGCUCCGACUCUGAGGAGGGGCCCGACAAAGCAGAGAGACUGGCCAUCCCAAAGCGUCUCAGGCGGAGUCUGCCCCCAGGCUUGCUGAGGAGAAUCUCAUCAUCGUGGACCACAACCACCUCAGCCACAGGGCUGCCCACCAUCGAGCCGGGCCCUGUACGCCGAGACCGCUCAGCCAGCAUCAAACACACCACAGACAGUGAAUCAUGGAACAACUCAGUGAUGAUGACCAUCUCAAAGAGCCGCUCCAUGUCGGCCUCCUGUGCUGCCUCCAUCACCUCCAACCACCUCUACAGCAAACCACUGGGAAGAACAGGUUUCCCUCCCUCCAACGUAUCACCUCUGGGCUCUCCGUGCCCGUCUCCUCCCGUCCAGGGCACGCCCGUCUCCAGUCCUACAAUAAAGACGUGUUCAGUGCAGCUUCCUGAGCUGGCUGGGCCACUUACCGAGCGGCCCCCUGGCUCUGUGGCCCCCAAGAGCCAUCACAGAGCCUUAACUCACAGCCAGAGCGCCCCAAGCUCCACCACCCCUCACUGGCGACCUCCAUCCCUCUGCAGCAGCUGUGGCAGGCCGUUCAAUAAUCGUCUAAACCACAGGGUUGAUUCUGUCGACAAAGGAGACAGAAUGCCUCAUCCAGAUGAGCGUGCAGUAGCGUCAUCUGACUACGACAGCACCUAUGACAGCACCUACGAGACCAACCACAGUGACAGCAGCGACUUUGCACAGAACGAAGAGGAGGGAGAAGGAGGCAAGAAGCUGCCCGAAGCAAGGAAAGGAUGCAGAGAGUAUCCAACAGAGGGUGUAGUUCUCCAUCCACUCCUGCCAUCACCAGGGGACAAGCCGAUCUUGGCCCUGGAGACUCUGGUGAUGCAGAGUCUGGAACCUACGAUGAGUCAACUCAACAACUGGAACUUUCCCAUUUUCAGUUUAGUGGAGAAGACGCACGGCAAGACAGGCUGCAUCCUCAGUCAGGUUUCCUAUCGGCUCUUUGAGGACACAGGUCUGUUUGAGACCUUCAGGAUUCCUGUACAAGAGUUCAUGAACUACUUCCACGCUUUGGAGAACGGAUACAGGGACAUCCCCUAUCACAACAGGAUUCAUGCCACUGAUGUGCUGCAUGCUGUUUGGUACCUCACCACUCAGCCCGUGCCGGGCCUGCCCUCCCUGCUCACUGAGAAUGGGAUCCACACUGACUUGGAGAACGGCAUUAGACCUGGUGCCACAGGCUUCUUGGUGUCCAAGAUGAACUCUGAGCCAGGGGAAGGCUACGGCUCCCUGUCGGGACUCAUCCCCGGCCUGGAGCUCAUGGCCCUGUAUGUAGCUGCUGCCAUGCACGACUACGACCAUCCUGGGAGAACCAACGCUUUUCUAGUCGCUACCAGUGCACCACAGGCUCUUCUGUACAACGACCGAUCGGUCUUGGAAAACCAUCAUGCAGCUUCAGCUUGGAACUUGUUCAUGUCUCGACCUGAGUACAACUUCCUCAUCAACCUCGAACACGUGGAGUUCAAGCGCUUCCGCUUUCUCGUCAUUGAAGCCAUCCUGGCCACCGACCUCAAAAAGCACUUUGACUUCCUCGCAGAGUUUAAUGCAAAGGUGGGUGAUGAAGGCGUGUCUGGCAUCGACUGGACCAACGAGAACGACCGAUUGCUUGUGUGCCAGAUGUGCAUCAAACUGGCUGAUGUGAAUGGACCGUUGAAGUGUAAGGACCUGCACCUGCAGUGGACAGAGGGGAUCGUCAACGAGUUCUACGAACAAGGUGAUGAAGAAGCAAGCCUGGGUCUUCCGAUCAGCCCAUUCAUGGACCACUCUGCUCCGCAGCUCGCUAAACUACAGGAGUCGUUCAUCACUCACAUAGUUGGGCCUCUGUGCUCUUCCUACGACUCUGCUGCUCUAAUGCCGGGACACUGGGUCGACCCACCUGAGGGACCGAUGGAGCCGGAAGAGGUGAAGGAAGAGCAAGAUACAGAGGAAGACGAGGAGGAUACACCAGACGAGGAUGCAUCGAGUUUGGACACAUCCCAGCAACAAGAAAACAAAAAGAUGAAGAGGCGGAAAGUGUUUUGCCAGAUCACGCAGCAUCUUUUGGAAAACCAUGAAAUGUGGAAGAAAGUGAUUUCUGCAGAAGCCCAGGAGGAAGCGCAGAAAGAGGACGGCAUCGGAUGCCCCGCCAUUCCAAUCACAGCCAUUCACGAGGAAGAGGAAGAGCUGGCAAGCAAAGAGGAGGAGUUGACCGAAGGCCUUGAUGAAAGGGAAGAGGCGUCGACUUUGGAGGAAGAGGAAAUCCUUCAGCAAUCAAAGACUUCAGGGGAAAAAGAGGAAGAACCAGAGUGAUAUUACAGACUUCAACCUCCUUUUAAACCAGGAAUCUGAACAUUGUCUAAAAAAUGUUUGUUUCUUACAUUACUAAACUCUUGAUAUGGUAGCCAGCACAUCACUUUGACACAACACUGUAGAAGAUGUUUUGGGUAAUAUGUGCCUAACAAACACAGGGUUCGAGGACAAGACUUAGAGGCAGGAAAAAUAAGUUGAAAAUGAAAAAAAGAGAACGAUUGGGACUGUAUUCAUAUUUGUUGUCGUGUUUGUUUUAGUCUGGAUCUGGUGCCCUGCCCUUGCCCAGGCUGCCCAUCCUGCACUAUGAGCCAACCAUUCUGAUUCACUCCUUCACUCCACCAGUUAGUAAAACACUGUCACUAACCCUCAACCCCUCCCACUCCCACCCUUCUUGUCGCUCCCCUGCAAUCAGCACACUGUGUAGCCCAUGUCUAAUGCCAUCUACAGUAGAUGAGGAUGUGCAACAAGCCCCCUCUCCUUGAGGACAAUGGGAUGAAAGCCCUGGGAAAACCCUUGAGAGGUAGACGGAGAAAAGAAGAGACGGCUGCAGUACAUUGUGUAUGCAGACAUACACCCACACAAGUUUCAUAGACACACACACAAUGCUGCACUGGAAUCACAAUCCACACACAUAACUGAUAGGAAGCUUAACAAAGAACCCUAUUGCUAGAAAAGCUUUAUUUUCGCUCAAGGAAAAACAUUGAAAACAAUGUUUUGUUCAUGUCAAACAAUGUUUGUUCUCAGUUGCAUGUUUUCUCUCUGUCUUUUUUUUUUUUUUGUUAAAUCAGAGUCGCUACAGUACACCUACAUG